UAACAGCUGAUUCCAGCACAGAUACACAAAUCUCGUCCGACGAGGAAGCAUGAGGUCUUGCAGUCUGUGCAUUGUACUGAGCUUGGCCGUGGCAGUUUACUGCGUGCCGGUAUCACAAGUUACCGUGCAAGAUGAGGGUUUUGCAGAGAGCUAUCUGAAGAAAUUCUUCAACCUAACAGAGGAGACCGGCUCAACUAUCAGACGGGGGAUCAGCCCGGUGACCAAGAAGCUGAGCGAGAUGCAGAGAUUCUUUGGUCUCCAGAUCACUGGAAUGCUAGACGCCGACACCUUGGAGAUGAUGAAGAAGCCCCGCUGCGGCGUUCCAGACAGCAAGAUCGCCCGUUUCUCCACAUUUGGAAAUGGCCUCAAGUGGGAGAAAAACAGCCUGACAUACAGGAUAGUGAACUACACGCCUGACAUGUCUGUGUCAGAAGUGGAUUACUCCAUAGAGAAAGCUCUGCAGGUCUGGGCCAAAGUCACUCCUCUCAGAUUCACAAGAUUCUACAGCGGCACCGCUGACAUCAUGAUCUCCUUCGGCCGCCUAUCACAUGGUGAUUACUACCCAUUUGAUGGCCCUGGCGGCACUCUUGCUCACGCCUUCUCACCAUCCUCUGACAUUGGAGGCGACGCUCAUUUUGACGAUGAUGAAACCUUCACUUUCCGCUCAAACAGAGGCUACGUCCUCUUCAUCGUGGCUGCCCAUGAGUUCGGCCACUCCCUGGGUUUGUCUCACUCUGAUGACCCUGGUGCUCUCAUGUACCCCACGUACUCAUACAGAAACCCCGACACCUUCGUUCUGCCCCGGGAUGAUGUCAACGGCAUCCAGUCUCUCUAUGGUCGAAACCCUGAGAAGGAUCCUGGUCAGCCUGGACCCGAGGCCCCAACGACACCCGAUGCCUGUGAUUCAACCAUGGUCCUGGAUGCUGUCACCACCCUGCGGGGAGAAAUGCUCUUCUUCAAGGACAGCUUCUUCUGGCGUAGCUACCCUCAGAGCAAUACACCUCAGCAGAGCCUCAUCACAAACUUCUGGCCCAACGCCCCCACCAACAUCGACGCUGCUUAUGAAAACCGACAGUCAGACAGAAUCUUCCUCUUUAAAGGUCGCAGAGUAUGGGCCUAUUCUGGCUAUGAACCUGUGCGUGGCUAUCCCACGAAACUCAACAGAAUUGGUCUGCCAAGAGGCGUGAGGAAAAUCGAUGCAGCCCUUUACGACGCGGAAUCUGGCAAGACUCUGUUCUUCGUGGGCGACUAUUACUUCAGUUAUGAUGAGGCCAGAAGGACUGUGGACCGGGGAUUCCCCAAGCGAGUGGAUCAGACCUUCUUCGGCCUGCCCGGCAAGGUGACUGCAGCUUUCCAGUACAGAGGUUUUACCUACAUCUACAGUGGACCUUACAUGUUUGAGUACAACCUGAGGACGGGGAGGUUGUAUCGUGUGCUGAGGAACAGUUACUUUCUGCGCUGCACUAACUUCUAGACCAGUUUACUAGCUAAGCUGCUUAUGAAGCCAGUCUGAAUGAGAAUGAAUUCACAUCAGUUUGCUAAAGCUAUACUCUUUUAAAUAUUUGUAUUAUUCCAAAUAUUAUAUUUUCAACAUUAAAUUCUAUCAAAUGUAUUUACAGCUGUAAACAUACAGUAAGUGUAUAAAUAAAAUGUGAUAUAAGUU